UUUGUGUCAUUUGUAUUUAAGCUGGCCUAGGGCUAACUAAUCAAAAAUCUGAUUCAAUGUGCAAUAAAAAAUAAAUAUCAAGAAAACAUGGAGAGAAGGAGAGAGAAUUGGAAAAAAGGAUUCUUCUCUUUCAAGUGAGAGGAAGGAGAGGUAAAUAAACAACAUCCACAGUCUUACUCGAUUGCCAGUUAACAGUUUGAUUCUCUGAUUGUUGUUUAAUAGUUUGUGAAAAAUUUUAAAUUAUUAUGAUUGAUAUGUUUUCCCAUUAAUUUAAGCUUGUUACGAGUCACCAUGAAUGGAAUCAAUUCAAAAUAUUUGUUAUACACACUAACAUUUGCUCUACACUUUCAACUUGGUUUGGGUUUUUUUGUCUCAAAUGAUACUAAAUGUCCAGAGUUACUUGCACAAAUUGAUGAGACCGUUAAAGAUAUACUUCAUAUGAGAGACAACCCAAUUUUCCCGGUUAAUGAGACAACCAGAGAUUUGUAUUGUCGACCUUAUAAAACAUUGAUUCCUACAAUAAUCAAAGUUGCUCCUUGUUUACCUCCGUUUUUGACCCAAGUGAUCUUAAUUUUUGGCUAUGGACAAAGACGCGUUUUAAGAGCUGCUUGUGGGACCAAAGAUCCAGAAAUAUUCAAAUAUUACAGAUGCAUAAAUGAAGAUUAUGCCAAGAAGCUGAGGACAAAUGAAGCAGUGUAUCUCAAUUCGUUGGCUAUGAUCAAGGAAAAUGCAACUGAGGGACAAAUGAUUCCAGCAUUGUGCUGUGCCACCAGGAAAGUGUUGGAAGAUUCAAAAAAUAUUAAAUCUCCAAAAUGUGUUGAUGGUCCACUCAAUGUUUCGGGUUACAUUUAUGAUAGAUUGACUGAGGGAUUAGAUGACUUCUUGACUCUUGUUUGCAGCACUUUUCCCGAUUUUGCAUCAUGUCUGCGUAAACAACCCAAAGCCGUUGAUUUCUUGCUAAUCAACGAAUCAUCUAAUGUAGACUUCAAAAACAAAACUCUGGUUCAAACUUUUCUUUCCAUAAUGAAUAUGCUUACAUCUUGACAAGACCAAGUUCAACUGUGAGUUAUAUUGUUUUUUGUUGCAUUGCCUUUCAAAAAAUCACCAUCAAAUCAUCUAAAUGUAUAACUAACAUAAUCAUAACAUCAUCAUCUUAUAAUUUCAUGUGGUCCAACUUUUUGUUUCAAAGAUUAAAUUAUUUCAAUGUUAA